UUCGAUUGAUAUUUAAAAACGAUAAAUGCCAUUCCAAAAUAAACUGCUAAGUCUAUACUCGAAUUAACUCAGAGCAAAAGCAAUCGCUCGUACAUGAGGGAUAAUAGUUUUCAACUAUACUUCAUACAGCAUAAUAUUUAUCGAUCCUGUUUUUUUUUUAUUCGAUAAUACGUAAAUCAAUCCCUAUAAAACCCACAAACUCGUGUGUCCAGUUUCAUCCACAAUCUGAAGCUAUGUUUACCAAUACUAUUCAUCUCCCAAUAUGAAUAGUAUUAUUAGUUCUUCUUUCCCUACUUUAUUUCAUCCUCCCCUUCAAAGACUCAUCAAUGGAGUUCUCUCAUCACUUCCUCCUCCUCUUGUUAUUCACCAUUUUAUUGCCUAUCCUCGCCAUCUUCCUCUUGAGACAUCGGAUUUGGUGCAACUGCCACAUCUGCACGGCGUACCAAACAUCGAGCUGGGCCAGUGACUUCCCGAACCUUAGCGACUGGUACACCCACCUUCUUCGGACCUCCCCGACCCAGACGAUCCACAUCCACAUAAUUGGUAACACAGUGACUGCCAACCCAGCGGUUGUCGAGCAUAUCCUUCGGGCACGCUUUGAUAACUACCCGAAGGGCAAGAAGUUCUCCCGGAUCCUUGGAGACCUCCUUGGAAUGGGGAUCUUCAACGUCGACGGGCCUGCAUGGGAUUUUCAGAGGAAGCAUGCAAGCAUGGAGCUCGGGAGUGUCUCCAUACGUACAUUCGCCUUUGAGACUGUCAAGGGAGAGAUCGAGCAGCGGCUCCUCCCACUUUUGUCCUCCUUCGCAGGGAAAGUUGGGCCCGAGUCCGAGGCUUUGCUGGACUUGCAAGAAGUGUUUCAGAGAUUUUCCUUUGAUAAUGUGUGCAACUUCUCGUUCGGGUUUGACCCUGGCUGCCUCGACCUGUCCCUUCCCAUAUCUCCAUUUGCAGACUCAUUUGACCUUGCCUCGAAGCUAUCUGCCGAACGGGCUCUAGUGGUCUCCCCGAUUGUGUGGAAAAUCAAGCGGUUGCUGAAUGUAGGUUCUGAAAGAAGGCUGAGGGAUGCAGUCGCAGUGGUCAAGGCCCUGGCAAUGGAUGUCAUUGAGCAUAAGCGGAAGCUAGGGUUUUCAGAGCACGGGGAUCUUCUGUCACGUUUCAUGGGUUGCGUCAGCGACGAGGUAUACCUGCGGGACAUUGUGAUGAGUUUUGUCCUUGCGGGCCGAGACACGAUGGCCUCGGCCAUGACAGCUUUCUUCUGGCUCAUCAGGGCCCGCCUCGACAUCGUGUCAAGGAUAAGAAAAGAGGCUGACAAUAUCAUCAGAAACAGGAAUGGUCAGGCUUUCCCGAGCUUCGACCAACUUAAGGAGAUGCAUUAUUUGCAGGCGACCGUGUAUGAGAGCUUGAGGCUCUACCCACCCGUUCAAUUCGACUCCAAGUUUGCCUCAGAGGAUGACGAAUUGCCUGAUGGCACGUUCGUGAGCAGAGGCACAAGGGUCAUGUACCACCCUUACGCGAUGGGCCGGAUGGAGAAGAUAUGGGGGCCAGACUGUAUGGAGUUCCGGCCCGAGAGGUGGCUGGAUGAGAACGGGAAGUUCGUCCAUCAGAACCCGUACAAGUACCCGGUUUUUCAAGCAGGUGUCAGGGUCUGCCUGGGGAAGGAGAUGGCCAUUGUGGAGAUGAAAAUGGUGGCACUAUCGGUGCUUUGGGAGUUCGAUGUGGUUGUGAUUGCGCCGAUCUCGGAACUUCGGUUCGAGCCCGGGCUUACUGCGUUUGUGAGGGGUGGGCUUAAGGUUUUGAUAAAGAAGAGGGACACUGCACCAAAUAAUAAAAAUAUAUAGCCAAAACUUUGUUCAAUUAAUUCAAAGUAUUUAUUAUUUCGAUAGAGGUAUUUUUUUCAGCAAAAUAUUAGGAAAUUAUGGGUAUUAGUCACAGAUUUUUUUUAGCGAAAUAUUAAGAAAGAAGGUGUAACGCCGUAACACUCGUCCUUACCUAUCAAUGAAAAAGUUACAUAUUCGAUUCUCAUGA